CAGCGCUGAGCGCUGCUCCUCCGCUCCGCUUGCUUGACCGCUUCCCUCCAUUUCGAAUUUCAAAUCCCCACCCAGACACAGCGCCUCCCUAUCCCCCACUGCAAAGCCAAAGCACGCGCACGCCGCCCAUUUGUCUCGCCUCGCUCUUGUUCUUGCCAAAGGCUGCUGCAGUGUGGGGUGCCGCUCCGCUGCGUGUUCUUGUGUCUGUCGCCCACCACUUCCUUCUUGGGAGAAAUCCGCCGCCUGCGGUUGCCGCCGCCGCCGCGGUUCUUGGCGAGAGGAGGAGCAGAUGGGAGGGUCCGGGAAGUGGGUCAAGUCGCUGAUAGGGCUCAAGAAGCCGGAGAAGGAAGACGGCAAGGACAAGCUGCAAAUCCCCUCUGUCCAUGGAGGAUUGCGAGGCAAGGGGCGGAAGUGGAAGCUGUGGCGGAGCUCCUCCGGCGACCACGGCUCCUUGUGGCGCGGCUCGAGAGGCGGCAGCCACCGCUCGGCGGCGUCGGAGGCCUCCGACGACACCUCCUCGGUUGCCGCCCCCGCCGACCCGUUCACCGCCGCCGUCGCCACGGUCGCCCGCGCCCCGGCGAGGGACUUCAUGGCCGUCCGGCAAGAGUGGGCCGCCAUCCGCAUCCAGACCGCGUUCCGCGGAUUCCUGGCUCGGCGGGCGCUGCGGGCGCUCAAGGGGCUCGUACGGCUCCAGGCGAUUGUCCGCGGCCGGCAGGUGAGGAAGCAGGCGGCGGUGACGCUACGGUGCAUGCAGGCUCUGGUGCGGGUGCAGGCACGCAUCCGGGCGCGCCGCGUGCGCAUGUCCACCGAGGGCCAGGCCGUGCAGAAGCUGCUCGAGGCGCGCCGCACCCAGAUGGAUAUCCUCAGGGAAGCCGAGGAAGGAUGGUGUGACAGUCAGGGGACACUGGAAGAAGUGAGGGUUAAGCUGCAGAAGCGGCAGGAGGGUGCGAUCAAGCGCGAGCGAGCUAUUGCGUAUUCAUAUUCACAGCAGCUAGAUGGCGCUGCGAAAUGCAAUCCUCCAAAGCUUAACUGUAAUGGCCGGUUAAACCACUCUGGUAUGCUGCUCAAGCAUCAGAAUUUUGACAAGACCAAUGGCAACUGGAGUUGGCUGGAGAGGUGGAUGGCAGCACGGCCAUGGGAGAAUAGAUUGAUGGAGGAGCACAACCAGACCAACUCCAGCUCACCAGAUCUCCGGCCAACCAAAAACUGCGAGGAUUCAUUCGGAGUUCUUGGGGAUUUCUCCGAGCCGAAUUCAGUGAAGGUGCGCAAGAACAAUGUCAGCAAGCGGGUCUGCGCGAAGCCACCAGGAGCAUCACACUCACAGACCCACCAUCAACGCUUCAAAGCACAGUCGAUCUCAUCUUUGAGCACUGAAUUACUCAAUGAUGAGAGUUCCGCAUCGUCAUCUUCUUGUUUCGCAUCGACCCCUAUAUCAUUAUCCACAUUUGUAACUUCGGAGAAGACCGAGGACACUGUCAGGACAAGACCCAACUACAUGAGCAUGACAGAGUCAAUCAAGGCAAAGCAGAAGGCGUGCAAUGCCCAGAGAAUGACGACGCUGAAGCAAUCGGAGGAUAGGAAAGGCAUGAGCGCUGAGUUGAAGGCCGUUCAAGUGUAGUAGUGUUCAUGGAACUCCAUGCAGAGAUGAAGCCGGCUCCUACAUCUUGCUAGGGUGUUUGUCAGUUGCCUUGCCACAUUCUUGAGUGGCGCUGUGCUGCAUUGUUGAGUUGUGUGUGUGUUGCUGGUCUGAUUGUUCAACGUCAGUCAGAUUGCCCCAUCUUGGAGCAGUCAUUGUCACUUUGUCAUUGGUAGAGUCUCUGUAAGAUAGUUCUUUGAGUAGAAAACAUUGUGGGUUGUUUCCUAAGUGUUGAUUGCUGGUGAAAAAAAGGGGGGAUAAUUUACCAUGUCCCUCGGCUUCCCAUGAUUAA